AUGACGGCCCCACUAUCAACGUUCAUGACGCAAUUGCUGGACGAGUCUAUAGUUCGUGAAGAAGGGGAGUCGACAAAAGCAACAGCAGCGCUCUACAGUUGCAGCACGGAAUCUACCAGUAGCGGUACGAUCCACCAAGAAUCGAGUACAGUGAUUGUGUCGGAUAGUAGCAUGGAGCAAGAGCAGAAACCGCAAGAGCAACAGUCGCAUCAUUCCAUGCCUCCCUUGUCUCCGGCGUCGUCCUCAGUGGCCGUGGCUCCUCUAACAAGCACAAGUACUUCUAACACAAGCAAGACAUCGAAUCAGAAGCGAACCGCACUUCGCCGAUGCCGUCAGAGUUUCCAUCAGUCAUUGCCUCCUCCUCCCAAGAAAUCUAGUUUGGUGCGCAGCAAAACAGAUCCUUCGAUUGUGUAUGGGAGUGAGUCUUCCUUGUCCACCACCGAACUAACAAAGGCACAAGCACGUAGUGUACAAGCACAAACUCAGGCACAAACACAAACACAAGCACAGACAGGUGUCGAGUUGAGUUCUUCGUUGACCAAUUUCAUGACGCAAUUGCUGCAAGAUUCCGAUCUUUCUUCGGCCUUUAAUCAACAACAACAACAGCAACGACAAGAACAAGAAGAUGAGGGACUUUCCAAAGGAGCUGCCAAUGUCUUGGCCACCGCUGUCCACGUCAUGAAACAAGAACGACAGCAUUCCCUACAGUCCUGUUCUUGUGAUGACAACAACAACAACAACAACAAUACUACACAACAGCCAAAACAACGACGAUCCAGUGACGACUCAUCAUCAUCAUCCAUGAGGAGUUACCAAAAAGCCGCCAUGGCUUCAUGGGCACGCAUGGACGAUAUUCUCCUGAAACACAAUCAGCAUCACAAUCAACAACAAAGCGAUCCUUACUCGCUCGUCAAGACCAUGGCACAAGUGGGCGGGAAUGCCGAUUUGACACGCUUGAAUUUUAUCAAUAAUAAUAACGUUAGCAAACAACAAUCGCUACUCGUCAAAUCCAAUUCCGACACAUCCUUAUCCUUGGCAUCCUUUCAACAACAACAACAACAAACGGCACUCCAAAAAUCAUCCUCUCAAUCUUUGUCACUGACUGGAUUACGACAAGAACUCAAAAAAUCUGCUUCCUUUGGGAAUUUGCGACAUGCCAUGACACGGUUGAAAUCCAAUACGAAUUUAUUGGAAGCAGUCUCGGUCGAUUCUAGUUACUAUGAUGACGAUGAUGACGACGACACGGACGAGCGAGAGACAGAUCACGAAGCGAGCAAGACCGAUAUGGAUUCGUCGUCGGCACUGCAUCACUCGACAACUACAAAUGAUCCUACUAGUACAACAAUGAAGUCACCCAGUACUGUUACCAAAAAAAAAGACGACAAACAAAAGGCGAGACGGACACGAUCUCGGGAGCAAAAGAAAAAGUCUUUGUCAUCCAAAAAACGAGCCAAAAGUGUCUCCCACAACAACAAAAUAUCAACUUCCAAACCUCCCGUGACGAAACGACCCACAUCCGUCGAUACGGCGACGGGCGGUCGCAGUAGUAGUAGUAGUGUCAGUCCCAGAACACGAUCUGCUUCCACCGGUAGAGGACGAACUCCCAGUGUACGACGACGACAGCAGCCUUCCAAAACGAGUAGUAGCAGCGACAACAACCACAAUAACAACAAGAAAACCAAGAGAACUUCCAGCAAGAGCCACCAAAAACAACAUUCGUCGUCGUCCAAAUCCAGAACGGCCACACGAAGUCCCAGUAUCAGUCGAAUACAACAACAACAACCCAUAGAAUCACAGAGAAGUCGCAGUCAUAGCAAAACACCCAAACGACGACGAUCCACGGCUGUACAUUCGAAAAUGGACGAAUCGUCGGGAAUGAGAGACAAGAGUCGGUCUAGACGAACCAGGGGGGCUGGGAUGGACGAAUCGUCCAAACGGGAUACGACGAGUAGUAUGAGGGAUCACAGUAUGGGACGAUCCAGUCGUCGGACGUCUACCACCAUGAGAACAACUACGGAUGUACCUUCCACACCACG